AUGGAACUGGAAAAGAACAGCGAUGUUAAAAGCAAAAGGAGAUGCUUCAAUCAGACCUCGCAUCUCUCCUCUUACUCUGAGGAAGCUGAGCACGCGCUUGUCAGAGAUGUUGCAGCAGGAGCUAACCGCUCUGGUUUUGGCCAGGAAUGUUCUGUCAGUGUUUCAGAAUUAAAGUUGUCAGAGGAAAGCUUACCUUAUUUAAGUUCAUCUUUAGAUGCAGAUAUUGAAAUGUAUAAUAAAAAGAGAAUGAGAAUUUGCUGUGCACGAGUAAACGAAAGCAAGAAAGAAGCUGAGAUGUUGGGAAGCGCAUGUGACAAUAGGCACUUUAAUUGCUGGGUGUGUGAUGAUUGCAGACAAAGCCAUUUAGCUGAAGAUUCACAGCUGGAGUAUCUCAGUGCUCAUGAGCAAGAUUUUGAUGAUAGGAAUAGCUCAAGUGAGUUUUCUGAGCAAAGGGAAACUAUAGGAAUUGAAACGUUAAAGCUGAUAGAUCUACUUCAUGCAGUUCCAGGGGGUGGAGUCGCAAAGGAACAAAAUCUCGUUGACGUGUCAGAAGAUUGUUCUCCUGCUUCUGAGUAUGGUGUAGGUGACCAGACCUGCCCAGAAGCAGAUAUGCCAGAGCUUCCCCACCUGCUUCAGGACUCCCUGUCUCUGUCAGAUGGCAAUGAUGUGACUUGUGAUCAUCAGGAAGAGCAAACAGAGUAUCGUAGUGUUGUUUGUGGAUGUAUACUUGAAAGUCAUGCUUGUGGGAGUAAAGAAAGGGUCUGUCCAAAUCUGCUUGUAUGUGACAGUUUAGAAAACGGAGAUGUGAAAGACACCCCACUGACUGACGGCAUGCUGCCACCCCAAAUGGCUACAAGUGAAGAAGCGUCUGAAAAGAAUGACAGGCAUUCACAGCUUCUCAGUGAAGCAAGACAAUCCUUUACUGUCGCCACGGGAGAGGGCCCCUGCAGUAGCCAUGCUUUUUGCGAACUGUCAGGGGACUCCGAUUUCUACGGUUGUGAAGAAUCCGGUGUGUGCACACGUGGUGCCAGCUGUGCUGACUGCACUGCAAAGGAUGCUGAAACCCAAUUUCCAGUCUCUGCAGUUCUCACUAGCAAGAAUCCCUUUUUUGAGGUGGAAAUUGCAGAUAAAUUCUCCCGUGGAAACGCCAGCUGUCUGAACUCGGAGUUCGAGCAUUGUGAAAACUUGGAAAACAUUACCAGUGACUCUAUGGUUAACCAGGCUGUUGAUGUGAGUUCUGAUUUUAGAGCUUGCUUUACAACAAGCCGAAGUACCAGUGCUCGGGUUUGUCUCUCGUCCAGGGCUAUUAAUACCGAGAUAACAAUGAUGAACAAAUCUCGACCCGUGGGAUGGCGCCGUCAAACCCGUGCAGAUGUUGCUUGCAAUACAGAGUGGUCGUGUGGCGCCGGUAGUACAGUGCAAAUUUGGUCACAGCUUACUGACACACUGGAAGAACACUCACAUGGCAAUACUGCAACAGCUGAAAGAAGUUCACAAAUUCAGGAACAGCAGGAAUUAAAAAAUGAGCUGUGUAGCAGCGAUUUAAAGAUAAGCACUGACAGGCUGGUACACCUGGACAAACAAGCUGUGAAGACUUCUGCAUCAAGCUACUGUCAAAAAAUGCUGCAGAGAGCAAUUGAAGCAGAACUGCAGAUUCUAAAUGCUCAUUAUCAGAUGUGCUAUCAGCACUGCUUGAAGAUUUACAAACUGGCUUUGGAGGAAAACAUGUGUUUUAGCAGAUGUAGUGGAAGUACUGAAUUAGGUUCAUCUCUUAUGCUAAUUUUGGAAGAGCUAAAAAAGAAUUACAACAGUAUGAGAAUGAAAAUAAAAAUGGGCGUACCUUUAAAUGCACUUCCACCGCUAUCAGUUGAGAUGAAGUUGUUCUCAAUCUCUUCUUCUUAUGUCCCCUGCAAGUUGUUCAGAGAGGAUCUUUGCUAUGAGCAGAGAUAUUGUACUGCAUGUUCAAGAACCAUGUCCAGUUACUUUAUUUCUGUUUCAGGCACAAGAAAAGCUGACUCGGAAGCACCAAAACUGCAAGAAAGGAAGAUUUCUGUCAGCAUGGACAAUCCACAGACUGUAUGUUUAACUGAUGGUGGUCAGCCAAGUGGCUCUACUUCCUCCAAGACAUUUGAAGAGCAACAUAAAGAUCAGGAUGUGGAACAUGGCUGUGUGAAAAAUGAAGAAGGGAAUGAAUAUUGGUUUGAUGCUAAAGAGGACUUCACAGUAAGAGAUUCUUCAGUAAUAUCUGAGGAAACAAAAAAGCAACAAGAAAAACAAGACACAGUUGAUUUAAGAGAAGCGAAGAUAAUGGAGAAUGGAAAUGAGUGUUCUUUUCUUCGUGUUGGUGGCCUAAGUUCCUCAGUGUCAGAGGGUGACUUAAGAUCACAUUUCCAGAAGUAUCAGAUUUCUGACAGUCUUAUCUCUGUGGAUUCUCGAAACUACAGAUAUGCAUUUCUUUCCUUUAGAGACACUAAUAAAGCAAAGUUAGCUGUAGAGGAAAUGAACCAAAAAAGAAUAAAAGGAAAACCAGUAAGUGCUGAACUUGUAAAUACCUCAUCAGAGGAUAAAUAUUUGGUUUCCCAAGUACUUACAAAUAAGCUUUGGCAUGAAAUCCAACCUGUUGAGAACAGUCAAAGAAAUUAUCAAGAUAAACCACUCACUUCAGCCUCCAAUUCUGUGGAAGCACCUGACGCUACCUCUCCUUCUGAGAAAAUGCAUCUCCUUCCCACAACUUCUUCAAAGAUUUCUUGCUCUACACAAGUACCUUCAGAAACAAAGUGCCCUGGUCUGAAAUCAUCUACUGAAGAUUCGGUAUGUUAUUUGCUUGGAGUUAAUCGAAAGGAUAGUGGAGAAAAUUUGCUGCACAAAACAUCUGCUCCUUUCUCCACUCAUUCAUAUGAUGCCUUUAUUUCUCCUAAUACGUUGAACUUGAGCAGCUUUACCAAAUUAAUGAAGAAACUUCAAGAAAUUCAUCCAGAGGCUAGCAGAGACAAAAUUGUGGAUGCUCUGCUGGAGGUGAGGAAAAACAACAAAGGUAUCCUAAGUGGGUUGUCUAUCAGUUCUAUUGCAGAAAGGACCUCUGUCGUUCUAAGGAAAUCGACGCCCGGUUGCGGGUAG